AACCCGCCCCCAUCUUUUAAUCUCAGGGUCUUUGAAAUAUAGUCUUCCAUCUGCAUAUGUUUCAUUUUGGCUGCAUCAACACCCCCCUGGGCCAUACAUUACCGAACAUCCAACUAAUACGAUUCUACACACAUGGACAGAUGAUGUGUUUCUGAGAGUUCCAAACGAUUCACUACGUCAGCCUCGAUUUUUCCUUACCAAAGUAUAUGUGAGCGACAAUAGGGACAUUUGUAGGACCAAAAACCUACUAAGCAGCUGAUCGCACAAAACACGACAUCAGCGUAAAGCGCAUUUUGCAAUGAAGCUCUCAAAUACCCAAAGAAGCUCUCAUCCAAGCUCUCCAGAUACGGGAAGCUUCGAGCCAAUCGCAGUCGUCGGCUUUGGCUUCAAAUUCCCCCAAGAUGUUACGAAUGCCGAGAGCUUAUGGAAACUCCUCAUCGAGCGCCGGUCGACCAUGACCGAGAUUCCCAAGAACCGAUGGAACAUUGAUGGAUUCUAUAAGGAGAACGGCCACAGGCCCGGUACUGUAAAGAAUCGCGGCGGUCAUUUUCUAUCCGACGAUCCAGCACGCUUCGAUGCACCGUUCUUUUCUAUUCAACCGGCUGAAGCGGAAUGCAUGGAUCCACAGCAGCGCUUGCUGCUCGAAACGAGUUACCACGCUCUUGAAAAUGCUGGUAUUCCUAUGCAAGAUGCUGUAGGCACCCGAACGUCAGUCCACGUUGGCUGCUUAUUACAGGAGUACAGCCAGAUUUCUCAGAGAGAUGCCCAGAUGCCUGGCGACUAUCGGAUUGUCGGCUCAAGCGGUCUGGCUAUGCUAUCAAACCGAUUGAGUUGGUUCUACGACUUCAGCGGACCCAGUAUGACGGUGGAUACAGCUUGCUCUGGUGGUCUUGUUGCUCUUCAUCUUGCGUGCCAGGAGUUACUUGCUGGAAGCGUUAAUAUGUCUCUUGUGUGCGGUACCAACUUGUGUCUGUUACCGGACUCGACGGCCCUAUUAAGCAGUCUUAACAUGAUGUCCAAAGACAGCGUUUGCUACUCCUUUGACGAGAGAGCUUCUGGUUAUGCACGAGGCGAGGGCUUCGGAGUCCUAGUUCUCAAGCGGCUUUCAGAAGCUAUUGCCGACGGAAACAACAUCCGCGGUGUGAUUCGGUCGACUGGUUGCGGCCAAGAUGGCAACACUCCGAGUAUCACAUCGCCUAGCCAAUCCGCACAAGAGCGCCUCAUUCGCGAGACGUAUGCACGAGCCGGUCUCAGUCUCGACGAAACUCGCUACUUUGAAGCCCAUGGAACUGGCACAAAGGCAGGAGACCCGUGCGAAGCUGCUGCUAUUAACAGUGUGUUUUCCGCUCGGACUCCUGAAGACCCCAUCUAUGUUGGUGCGCUCAAGUCCAACAUGGGCCACCCUGAAGGCGCUAGUGGUAUCGCUGGGGUCAUCAAGACGUUACUGGUACUUGAGAAGGGUAUCAUCCCGCCGAAUGUUUACCCUGAGCGCAUCAACCCUGCCGUUACAGCUGCUGGGCCAAACUUGAGAUUCCCGUUGAAACCCGUACCAUGGCCGACCAGUGGUGUCCGACGUGCAAGCGUGAACUCUUUCGGAUACGGUGGAACAAAUGCACAUGUCGUUAUCGAAGAUGCGCUCAGUUUUCUCCGCGAGCAGGGUCUAGAAGGAAGACACUGCACCACAGAUGUCCGAACAAUUGAAGAAGCGAAACAUGUCCAUCCCUGCAACACUUCAACCCCGACUCACAUUCCCAGUAACGAGAAUGGCUCUGAAAUUAUCCCUUCUGGUAGCACGACCUGUGACGACACGCCUUCUGGUUCUGCAGGCGAUUACGACGAAAGCAAUACUUUUGCGAAUGAAAACAGCAAAUCCACCACGAAGCUGUUGGUGAUUUCCGCUUUUGAUGAACGAGCAGUGCAUCGAUCGAUUGAUGCUUUGAAGAAAUGGAUGGGCGAUCACUUGGUCGAUGAAAAUCGCCGUCAAACACUCAGCGAUAUCGCAUAUACUUUGGCAGAGAAACGUACAAAGUUUCCAUGGAAGAGUACGUGUGUCGCCUUACCAGAAACCCAGUCUGAAUUGACAUGGUCUGCGCCUGUGAGGUCGAAGCCUAAUACAAACAUCUGCUUCGUAUUCACCGGGCAAGGCGCACAAUGGCAUGGAAUGGGUCGUGAACUCAUGCGAUACGAAGUUUUCUCAAAAGCGAUGCGAGAAGCUGACCACUACUUUCGAUCGCUGGGAAGUUCGUGGUCUUUGAUAGAUGAGCUAUGCAACAAAUCGGAAAGUGAAUCAGCUAUUCAUAGACCGGAACUUAGUCAACCGAUAUGCACAGCUCUCCAGGUCGCAAUCGUUGAAUUACUAACUUCCUGGAAAAUCCGAGCAUCUAUUUCUGUAGGCCAUUCGUCUGGCGAGAUCGCUGCUGCAUACGCCAGCCACGCGAUCUCACGCGAAUCUGCAUGGAUGGUUGCAUAUUUCCGGGGCCUUGCAGUCGGUAUCACUCAGUCAUUGAGCCCAUCGAACGGUGCCAUGGUUGCUGUUCAGGCCCCGCUGGACUCCUGGAAGCACUUGAUGGAUAAGCAGAAUGAAUCACAUGCGGAAGAUCCCAUCGUCAUAGCUUGCUACAACAGUUUACGCAGCUUCACACUUUCUGGGCCUCGCGACGCCGUCCAUCAACUUGUGUCGACACUGAAAGAAGCAAAUAUCGAAGUGCACAUCCUGAAGGUUGAUGUUGCAUACCAUUCUCAUCACAUGAAGCCAGUAGCUGAGGUCUACGACAAGCUUCUCAGAAAGAUUGAGCCCGGUGAACCGCUCGACGAUCAGCCCUCUUUCGUGUCCACCGUCACCGGAAAAUCCUUAGAUCAACUCGUUGAAUUGAGAACUGCAGGUUACUGGAACAGAAACCUUACUGGCUCUGUCAAAUUCUCAAUCGCCCUGGAAGGAAUCUGCACAAGACCAGAUACAUCAUCAUGCUACUUUGUCGAAAUCGGACCCCACUCCGCCCUGCGCUCUCCUCUCAGCGAUAUCCUCAAAGCUGCAGGGAGAGACGUCAAAUCCGAGUAUGUUUCCGUCUUGCGUCGCGAUCACGCGGCAGAUGUCACAGCCAUGCAGUGCGCAGGAAAACUACAUGCUAUUGGAGCAUCUAUCGAUAUCUCAGCUGUCAACAAUAUUCGCGGUUCUGAUCCAAAGUUUCUUACGUCCCUUCCUAGCUACCAAUUCGAAGACAAGAAGAGAUAUUGGCUCGAGGGUCGAACAAGUAUCCAAUACCGCCAGACCAAAUUCGUGCAUCACGAGUUACUUGGAUCUCGCACACCGGACUGGAACGAACUGGAGGCACGCUGGACGAACCGUAUCCUUCUAGAUCAAUCACCGUAUCUGAAAGAUCACAUAAUCAACGGGCUGUGCCUUAUGCCGGCAGCAGGCAUGCUAGUCAUGGCUCUUGAGGCAGUGCGCCAGUUUUACGGCGACGCAGGUGCCGAUGGUUCCGGAUAUAGAAUGAAAGAUGUUUCGUUCACGAAACCUAUGACGCUAUCCGAGAAUCCACGAGGAACAGAGAUACAACUCACGCUACGUCCUGGAAGUGUAGAUGCACGAGAUGCGAAACCAGGAAGUUCAUGGAGCCAUUUCUCGCUCUAUGUGUAUGAGAAUGAUACAUGGCAUCUUUGCUGCUCUGGCUCUAUUUCCAUCACAUACGACAACCCAAGCGAAACUUCCGCUGAACAGACCGAAAGAGCUGAGAAAUUUCUCACGACUACAAAGCAGUGCCGCACCGACAUUAGCCAUGAGGAAGUCUAUAAUGCGUUCAACAAGGCAGGGCUAUCCUACGGUCCCACUUUCCGCAGCAUGCACGCUAUCAAGUGGGACGAGCAGAGUCAACAAGCAACAGGAUCAAUUGGCCUCGCCGAAUGGCAAAAACACGCGAAAUUCACAUACACAGAUGGUCAUUUGAUUCAUCCCGCUGCGCUGGACACCAUUUUGCAAAUGACAUUUCCCGCCUAUUCCAUCUUCGCUAAGAAUGCGUCUGCAACGACAGUACCUACGGGCUUCACCAACGCGUGGUUCUCAGCCAAUCUGCUGCGCGCAUCUAACGAAGCAAAGAGUGUAAAAGUGAAUGCGCAGGUCAAGGGUUGUGGAUUCCGGAACAAGCUUUUUGAUGUCACUGCAACGGAUGAGCAGGAUCAAGAACUUUACUUUUACGGGGAGUUGGAGACAUCGACGAUUGGACGGAGCGGUGCAGCUGCAGAUGAAGGAGAAGCACCACUAACUUUGUAUCGCAUUGACUGGCAACCGGCUACCUUCUCCAAUCUGAGCCUGCAAGAGAGAGAGUCACUUUACUCUGGUUCAACGGUCUACGUUGUAUACGACGAGUGUGACUCUCUGCAGAGCAAUUUAGCAGACAUGCUUGGACAAAUCGCAAUCUCACACUGCAAUACUUUAUUGAUCCCGAUAUCUUGGAGUUCUGUUUCCGAAAAAGACUUAUCCAAAGCUACUUGCGUAUUCCUUCCUGGGCUAGAUGGGACACUCUUGCGCCUUGUGCAAGACGAUGAUUUGAACAAAAUCAAGCAACUCCUCUCGACAGCGGACGCACUCAUCUGGCCUACACUUCAACAUCUAGCAUUGGACCAGAGCCCCACAGAAGGCCUUGUAUCGGGUCUUGUGCGCACGCUAGCCACUGAAUCCGAAGACUACCAUCUCAUCAGCGUUAGCCUGGAUCGCGAGAAUGGGUUGGAAAAGCUGGCGAGCAAUAUCAUGGCAGUCUUAGACGCAAAGCUUGCGGACCAGACUAGUGACCCCGAAGAUGAGUAUUGGGAAGUUGACGGUGUUCUCUGUAUACCGCGUGUGGUCGAUGAUGCAGAUCUGGCCGCGAUGGUACUGCCACCGUCUAAAGAAGUUGCAACCACUGUUUCCAAGCCGUGGAGUGAACUGAAGAAUCCAGUCCUCACAAUCAGGGCUGCAGGAAUUCUCAACACACUUCACUAUGAGCAGGAUGAUUCCCAACACGACACGCUUGGAAGUGACGAUGUCCUUGUCCAAGUCAAGGCAGUGGGCCUCAACACUCGUGAUGUCCAAGUUGCACUGGGCCAAAUCCACGACGACGCCUUUGGCAGCGAAAUAGCAGGCGUAGUACUGCAGACCGGAUCACGCAGCGCUUCGCAUUUCCAACCCGGGGACCGCGUCUUCGGCAUCACACGCAACGGCGUUGCACAAACGGCGGUGAGCAACUUCAAGCAGUUGCGAAAGAUACCAGAGGAAAUGAGAUUUUCAGAGAAUCUGAGCUUUGCAGAAGCAGCCGCGAUCCCCGUGGCAUUCUGCACGGCGUACUUUGCCCUGAUGCAAGUUGCGGGUGUCAAACUGGGCGACAAUGUACUUAUUCACGAUGCGACCAGUGCGCUGGGGUAUGCCGCGUUCCGGAUGUGUAUACACCUGGGUUGCACGAACAUCUUCACAAUAGUUGAGUCGGAAGAGCAGGUGGACCGCAUGCUUCAUCAUGGCCCUAUUUCCAGGUCGUGUAUCUUCGUCACUGGAGAUCCGAAUCUUGAGUACAAAAUCCGGCGUGAGACUGAGGGACGAGGUGUAGAUGUUAUUUUGGGCUCGAUGGAAGCUUUGCAGAGUUCAAAUAGCUGUAUUGCUUCGUUUGGAUGCAUGGUUGAUGUUGGAGAGAAGCAUGCUUUUGUUUCCACAGCGAGCCGUCCGAAGGAGAGUUCGUUACCAGUAGUGGUGGCGAGUAAGAAUGUCACCUUCGCCAAUGUUAACUUCCAGGAACUAGCAGAAAGCCGUUUGUUCGAAGGGAUCUUCGAGAAUGUCUGCCAGAUGAUUGACGACGGUCGUAUAAUGCCACACGUACCGCUGGCUAUGUUCAAACAGAGCGAGGUCGAGAAGGCUUUCCGUACUGUGCAAGACAAGGACGCUAUAGCCAAGGUUGUAAUUGAAAUCGACAGCGAUGAAGUUGUCGAUAUGGAAGUUGCAUCGAGUCCUUCCAAGCUACUCUUCCAUGAAGACGCAAGCUACCUUGUCGCAGGCGCUUUCGGUGGUAUAGGCCAAAGCAUUGUCCAGUGGAUGGUGCAGCAAGGCGCUCGGUACUUGAUAUUACCAUCACGCUCUCCGGUCGAAGGAACCGGAUCUGAUCGCGAACAUUUCAUACAAGAGCUCCAUGAACAAGGCGCCAUCGUCAAAGCACCAGUGUGUGAUAUCGCCGACCAGCACCAACUCCAGGCCAUGCUGGACUCUGUUCGCGAUAUCCCAGACAUCAGAGGCUGCAUCCAAGCAGCAAUGGUGAUGCGCGAUUCAUCUUUUGCAAAUAUGUCAGUCGAAAAGUGGCAUCAAUCUCUUGCUCCCAAGGUAGACGGCUCCUGGAACCUACACCAGCUUCUCCCGCGCAACCUCGACUUCUUCGUCAUGCUCUCCUCAUCAACAGGUAUCAUGGGAUCAUUCGGUCAAUCAAACUACACAGUCGGCAACACCUACCAAGACGCCCUCGCCGCCCACCGAAUGCGCCAAGGACAGCGCGCCCACACACUCGCCCUCAGCAUGGUAACAGGCGUCGGCUACGUCGCUCAAAACGAGCAAGUCCAGGCUCUCCUCCGUGUUCGCGGCAUGCUCGAAGAAGUAUCCACACAAGAUAUUUUCUCCCUCCUCCAAUUCUGCUGCGAUCCCCGCCGCGUAGACAACAGUGGCGUUGGUUCGCAAAUCAUCACGCCCUUAACCCUCCCUGCCGACCUGCGUGCAAUGGGUAUCGUAGCGCCCCUCGGCAGCACACGCCCCAUCUACCACUAUCUCGACACACUCCCUGCACGCAUCUCCAGCACCGCGGAGACAGACAAAUCGAGGCCAUCGCACUUGCUGUCUGAAGCAAAGUCUCUGGCUCAAGCCACGGAUAUUAUCGUGGGAGCAAUCCAAGUGCAGCUGUCCAGUCUGCUUGUCGUAAGCAAAGACGAUAUCGACCCGCAGAAAGCGAUUUAUCGGUAUGGCGUCGAUUCGCUAGUAGCGGUGGAGAUGCGGAAUUGGUUUUCGAAGGCGGUGGGGGCGGAUGUGGCGACGGCGGAUAUUAUGAGUGAUGUUAGUAUUUGGUUGUUGGCGGUCAAGGUUGCGGGGACGAGUCGGUUUGUGAGGGAUGAGGUGAAGGAGUAGGGGGGUUUGUGGAUUCAAUUGAGAUGAUUAGGUCUGGAUUUGUGUAACUUAACGUGGUAGUCAUAGCAUAACUGUUUUUGCUUCAAUUGUUGAUGGAAUUGACUUAACGUCUAAAAUCAAUGUCAGAAACUUUCCGAAUGUAGUCUUUCAGUAAUCACAGAUUUGAAUCGCAUACCAUGGCAAAUAAAUAGGUUCUUGUAGACUGCAAAAUAGGCU